UCUCUCGGAGAAGCUACCUAGCUGGAGCUCCCCAUGGCCAAAUCAUCAUACACCUUCCUUAGACCUCACAUAGCAGGGCCCUUAUUGUUCCAAAGAAGCUUGGUCGUCUCACCACCACCGGUACCCCCUCCCCCCGUCACAAAGGAAGCACUCCCUCUCCUCAGCCUCCUACCUUCUUCAAGCCAUGACUACAACCAGCAUGGUGACAACAAUGAUAAAGCAGAUCAACCACGCAACAAGAAUAAUGAAGAGGAGGCUAUGGAGGAUACAGAAACAAUCAAGCUCCGAAUUGGUCCACCAUCUCCAAACUGUGAUUCCCCCCUCGAUCUCGCAACUGUCGUCGCCGGUGCUGGCGAUAGCAAGGCGGCAGAAGAAGGCGAAGAAGAGCUUGGAUCACAGGCCGGGGGCACUGCUACCGGCGAUGAUGGCUGCUCGGAGUACUUCACCAUAGGGGAGAAGAAACUCACAAACGGGAAGUAUUGGAUCCCUACAGCAGCUCAGAUCAUGUUUGGCCCCAUGCUCUUUGCCUGCCCUGUGUGCUGCAAGACAUUCAGCAGAUACAACAACCUGCAGAUGCACAUGUGGGGGCACGGGUCGCAGUACCGCCGCGGCCCAGACUCGCUCCGUGGCACGCAGCCGGCGGCGAUGCUCCGGCUGCCGUGCUUCUGUUGCGCGCCUGGGUGCCGGAACCACGUGGACCACCCGCGGGCGCGGCCGCUCAAGGACUUCCGUACCCUGCAGACGCACUACCGGCGCAGGCAUUGCGCAAGGCCUUUCCUCUGCCGCCGGUGCGGCAAGGCCCUCGCCGUGCGCGGGGACUGGCGCACGCACGAGAAGAACUGCGGCCGCCGGUGGCGCUGCGCCUGCGGCUCCGACUUCAAGCACAAGCGCUCGCUCAAGGACCACGUCCGCGCGUUCGGCCGCGGCCACGUCGAGGACCAUCCCGCCGUUAUCGUCGGCCAAACCAAACCCACGGUGUAG